UUUGUGGGAGAGGACGGUGACGGUGGGCGUCGGCACUGCAGUGGAAGCUGACAUGGCACCAGAGAAUAGCAAGAGUGUGUCCGCCGCGGCGGGGUCCGCUGGGGAGGCGGCGACCUCAGAGACCCCGGAACCGACGGCCGCCCGCCGGCGCUCCCUGCGCACGCCCAAAUGUGCCCGCUGCAGGAACCACGGCGUUGUGUCGUGCCUCAAAGGCCACAAGAGGCUGUGCCGCUGGAAGGACUGCCAGUGCGCCUCGUGCCUGCUGGUGAUGGAGCGUCAGCGGGUGAUGGCCGCUCAGGUGGCCCUGCGCAGACACCAGUCGGCCGAGCUGGCCGGCGCCGGCUCCGACCGAAGACCGCGCACCUCACAGGCCCUGGUGGCGCAGCGAAAACUCUACCACAACCACCUGAGGACACUCAAAGAGAGCACUCUGGCCCGGGACCUCCUCCAGAGCUACCGUUCCCGACUGGGUCGCCUACUCCCCGGCCAGGAGCGCUGCGGUCAGCUACAGGUACCCAUGUCCGACAAACUGCGGAGGCGCCGCGCCCUGGCCGACUCCCAGCUGGAGGCUGCCGCUCUCCGAGAGGAAUACGAGAAUAUGCUGGCGGCGGACGGCGCGCUAGCGCGUCUGGCGCGUCUGCUGCCGCUGCGCCCCCUGCCGCUGCUGCAGGCCGCUCUACAGCCACUGUACCUAGCACCCACCCUGCAGCAGCUCAGCCUGGGACCGCGGCCCGACUUCGCCAGCACCUUCUACCGACCCACCCAACCACCUUCCAACGACCCGCCCACGACACCGGCCGCCGACCUGCUCACCACCUUCUACCAACCCGCCCACCCACAACCUUCAAACGACCCGCCCACCCAACACCUGCUACCGACCCGCCCACCCAUCACCUUCUACCGACCCGCCCACCCAUCACCUUCCAAAGACCUGCCCACCCACCGCCUUCUACCGACCUGA